AUGAGUACGGAAGCGCUUGGCUCUUUCAAGACGGCCAUGGAGGCCGUCUACGGUCCCCUGGACAGCUUGACCGCGGACGACGCGAAAAGAUGGGUUCCUCCCUGCUCGCCGGGGGCUGGCGGACACGGCGGCCGAUACCUGUGGACGGAUGCGUUUGGCGUCGUCAACUUGGUGACUCUCUACAAGGAGACAGGGACGGCGAAAUACCUCGACCUCGCGGCCCGCCUGGUCUCGCGGGUGCACGACGUCCUCGGGCGGACGAGGGACGGCGCCCAAAGGCUGCCUGGGGCCACGGACGAUGAGCCACUGAAAGGGGGCUUGCGCAUCGGCAAAUUCACCGACUCGGGGGCCGACUGCGACGGCCAGUAUCACCACUACCUGACCAUGUGGAUGUACGCGCUGAACCGCGUGUCCGUGGCGUCGGGGGAUCCCAAGUUCAACGACUGGGCGGUCGAGCUCGCCAAGUCGAUCCACGGCCGCUUUGCCGUGCGGGAUGCCGACGGCAACAUGCGCAUGGUCUGGAAGGUGUCGGUGGACAUGGAGGAGGUUCUCGUCCCCUCGGAGGGCCAUCUCGACGCCGCCACGGGGUUUGCCGUCUACAGGCUCCUGCAGCAGACGGCUGCAUCCUACGGCAAGGGCGACAAGGUGUCCUUGCGGCAGGAGAUGGAGGACUGCGCGGCCCUGACGACGCAUCCCGGGAAAUUGGUGCCGAAGACUGACUUUCUGGACCUGGGCAUGGGGCUGUGGAUGUGCCAGUUUGUGCUGGACCAGCCGUGGGCCGAGGGGUUCAUGGCCAUGUCGCUGCGGAUGCUGCAGAGUCUCCUGGGCGCUUCAGGUUCCCACGGCGCCCGGCCGCGGCACAGGGGGCUGGCAUUCAGGGAGUUCGGCGCGUGCCUGGGAGUCCGUUGCGUCGGCGCAGACGGGGAGCUCCAGGACAGAAUUGACGCCUUGGUCCGGUCCUGGGACGGAAGGGGCGGACACGUCGACGAGGACUUGAGGCCGAUUUCGCACGUCAUGUAUGCGAGUGCCUUGAUUCCUGGCGACUUGGAUUAUUUAAACCGGGAUCGCACUCCCGGGCACCACCAGAAGCAGCAGAGCAACAUCCACCAGCAAGAUCCGAAACCGACUCUACCGACCCGCCGUCAAAGCAAGCAGCAGAACAUGGCCUCAGUCGCAUUCAUGUACCACUCGGGCGCCUUCAACUUCAAAUACUUCCAAGACGCCCACAUGCGGCUCAUAUCCGAUGCCUGGGGCUCCCAAGGUCUCGAGAGCUGGGAAGUCACGCAGUUCGAGCCGGGGCUGCCCUACAUGGCGCAGGUCCUGCUCAAGUUUGAGACCAUGAACAAGUUGGAAAGGGCGCUCUCGGGCAACGACUCGAUGAGAGUCCUGAACGACAUUCCCAACUUCACCACUGGCCAGCCGCAUAUCCUGAAGGGCACCAUCAGGGCGUCUCACAAGACCACGCUCAAGGAGAAGAAAAUCUUCGGGGACAGCUAG